UUCCAAAUAAUGCAGCUAUGCAUUAAGAUACCUCUGGCUUUCUCGUUAAUCAAUCCAUAUGUUCUUCUUUGCAUGCAGGGUCUCUGAGGAGCCCGCUUGCUUUUUUUUUAUCCUUUAUUCUAGCCCGUAAAUAUCUCCGGAGUUUGAUGUAUCCUUUUCACUGGAGUUGCCCAAAUCCUAGGCCCUGGGCAUCAGUAACCGUGAGCAGAUGGUUGUUUGUCAAGACAGUGCUUUGUCUUUUUAAAAUGUAACCACAAAUGAAGUUUCUUCUCCUCUCUCCCACUAAAGAUCCGUUGCUGCCAGUACCUAGCGAAAGCCACAUCACAUGUCUGAAGACUUAUUUUGGGCAUUCUUCUUUUAAACCGGUCCAGUGGAAAGUCAUCAACUCUCUUUUAGAAGACAGAAGAGAUAAUCUUGUUGUCAUGGCAACUGGCUAUGGAAAAAGCUUGUGCUACCAGUUUCCUCCUGUUUACACCGGACAUACAGCAAUUGUCAUCUGUCCUCUUAUUUCCUUGAUGGAGGACCAGGUGCUGUGGCUGACAAUGUCAGGGAUUCCAGCUUGCUUGCUUGGUUCGGCUCAGUCGAAAAACAUCAACGAAUGCAUUAAAGCGGGUCAGUACAGAGUCAUAUAUAUGACUCCCGAGUUUUGUUCGGGGAAUUUAAAGUUACUUCAGGAUCUUGACCAAAAUAUUGGUAUUACCCUCAUAGCUGUUGAUGAAGCUCACUGCAUUUCUGAGUGGGGCCAUGACUUCAGAAAUUCCUUUAGAACUUUAGGUUCGUUAAAGAAGACUCUGCCAUUGGUUCCCAUUGUUGCGUUAACUGCAACUGCAAGUCCAUCGAUUAGAGAAGACAUAGUGCGUUGUCUGAAUCUGAAGAAUCCCCAGAUCAUGUGUACUAGUUUUGACAGACCUAACCUGUUCUUAGAAGUUGGACGACAAAGUGGAAAUAUCCUUAGGGAUUUGAAGCAGUUCCUUACUAGGAAAGGAAGCAGUUCUGCAUAUGAGUUUGAAGGCCCCACUAUUGUCUACUGUCCUUCGAGAAAGGCCACGGAACAGGUUGUGUCCGAACUGAUGAAACUUGGUGUGGCUUGUGGUGCAUACCAUGCUGGUAUGGGAAUCAAACAAAGGAGAGAGAUCCAUCACCAGUUCAUGAGGGAUGAAAUUCAGUGUGUUGUGGCUACGGUGGCAUUCGGAAUGGGCAUCAAUAAAGCAGAUAUCCGGAUGGUUAUUCAUUAUGGUGCCCCUAAGGAAAUGGAAUCCUAUUACCAAGAAAUUGGGAGAGCUGGUCGCGAUGGGCUUCCUGCUUCUUGUCAUGUCUUGUGGACUAUGGCAGACCUGAAUUUUAACAGACAUCUUCUAAGCGAGAUACGCAAUGAAGGCUUCCGGUUGUACAAACUGAAGAUGUUGGCAAAAAUAGAGAAGUACCUUAUGUCAAAUACCUGCAGGAGGAAAAUCAUCCUGUCUCAUUUUGAAGACAAACAACUCAGAAAGGCUUCCUCUGGCAUCAUGGGCACGGAAGACUGCUGUGAUAAUUGCAGGUCCAGAGCCUCUUGUCUUGCGGUCUCGACUGACGCAGACGGUGGUUUACAGGACUUUGGGAAGCAAGCGUAUCAGCUGCUGUCUGCAGUGAGUGCUCUGGAAGAGAAGUUUGGAACUAGAGUUCCCAUUUUGUUUCUCCGAGGCUCUUGUUCUCAGCGUGUGCCAGAGAGAUACCGAAGACACCCUCUGUUUGGUAGUGGAAAAGAGUGGCCGGAGAACUGGUGGAAAUUGCUCUGCCAACAGUUGAUAAUGGAAGGAUUCCUCAAAGAGGCCUCUCUGCCUAGCAAGUUUGCAACCACAUGUAUGCUUACCCAGAAGGGUAGAAAUUGGCUGUUAAAAGCUGGAUCAGCCUCAAAUCCAAGUCUCCUAUUACAGUCCAGCGAAGACCUUAAUCUGCAGAAACCUCCUAGAAGCAAUAGACCUUUACCUGCCCUUUCAACGCAGCGCUCCCCAGACAUGAAAGGAACAAAGCAGUCACCAGGCAAGCAGAUGUCUCUGUAUGAUAUGUUUUCAUAUGAGAGAAAAUGUAAAACUCCUCCAAGAAGCAGUAACAUCCUUAACAGUGUUGCAGAGCACUCACAGGUGAAAUCUUCUCCUCUGAAGCCCUCGGAACCUGUUGUUCCAUCACGAGAGAAAGAACUAGAGACUGCUCUGUAUGGCAAGUUGCUGACUGCUAGACAGAAGGUAGCUAAUGAGAAGGUAAUUCCUCCAGCUGUCUUGGCAACCAAUAAGGUCCUGGUGGAGAUGGCCCGAAUAAGGCCUACGAGUGUGGAGAAUGUGAAGAGAAUUGAUGGUGUAUCUGAAGCAAAAUCCACCAUGUUGGUCCCCCUUCUGGAUGAAAUUAAGGACUUCUGCCGAGUGAAUGGUUUGCAGACGGACACUUUCCCCACAUCUGGAUCUGAAGGUCAGACUGAAGCAUCUCCUUGGAAGUGUACUAGACCCCUCUCUCGUUCAGAGCAGGUCACCUACGUCCUGUUCCAAGAGAAGAAUCUCUCUGUGAGGGCUAUAAGCGAGAGCAGGUCUCUGCCACUUUCUGAGGUUGGCACUCACCUGUUCCAGGCGAUGAAAGCUGGCUACCCUGUCAACCUGGAGCGAGCAGGUUUGACUGCUGGUGUUCAACAGAUCAUUUCUGAUGUUAUCCGUAAUCCUCCUAUUGAGUCGGACACCACCAAAAUUCAAGCAAUUAGAAAACUUGUUCCUGCAAAUAUUGAGCUGUAUCUCAUCAGGAUGACUAUUGCAUUAUUGGAGAAGGAGGAUAAAAAUAAGACUCGGGACGGCUCAGGUGUGAAAAGGAUGUUGGUGUGGUCAGAAGGGCAGCAGGAAAAAACAGGAGCAGAUCAAGCAAGCAGGGAAGAUGGCUCGUGGAGUAAAACAAAGGGUAAUUUGAUCAACCUGACGCUGAAGGAAGGAGCAGAGAAAACCCAUCUGCAAGUGGUGCCUUCAGCUUCGCCUGCUUCCUCACGGACGCAUGGGAAGGCCGUACAGAGCAUGGAUAAUGAUGGCCAGCCAGGUAGCGGAGGGGCAGCAGGCUGCCUGAAGCCCAUUGCGAUGGCCUCCUGGAAUCAGCCUGCCUACAAUCCUGUGGAGGAGGAGCCAUCUGCUGACUCUCAGCCAAAGAGCUUGCAUCCCCCUUCUAAGAGGAAGAUGCCAGCAUGGUUUGGAACCUCAGCGGUGACAGUUCUACCUGAAAAUCAGGUGAAGAAAUCCAAAGCAGAGACCAGAAAAGGAAUUUUUAGUUGAACGUAAAAAACAAGACUUCAUUUCUUUACCUUCCCUCUGCCUAUACAAAAGCAUUUUAUGUACAGCUUCCCUUGCCUGUGCUUUACUUCUCUCUCCCCUUCCUUACCCGAGGAAGCACGUUUCUGCUUUUCACGAUGUGAA